UGGCAGAAUGACGUUGUGAAAAAAAAUCAAAAUGUAUUAUGCGGGGGCAGUUGUAGGGAGAGGCGUAUGACAGGAGGUGCGGGACAGGGGUAGCAUUCUCACAAAGAAAAUGUGGCUGGGGAGGCGGUGUGCAGUUAGCUGUUGGAAGCAGGUUGUUGGAAUAUGCACCUGGGUUGUUGUUGUAUCGCGUGCUGUGCAAGCAGUGUCAAAUCAUCCACUUUUGUUGGUGAUAUUGUUCGACGGGUUUCGAUGGGAUUAUGUGGACAAGUUCGACACCCCAAACUUCCACACCUUGAUGCAGGAUGGUGUGCGAGCUGUGCACGUACAAAACGUGAUGCCCACAGUAACCAUGGCAAAUCAUUAUACAAUUCUGACAGGAAUGUAUGCAGAAUCCCAUGGGAUAGUGGCCAAUAAUUUUUAUGAUCCGAAGCUUGGUGAAUUUCACAUGGCAGACAAUGCAGAUCAGACUGACCCCAAGUGGUUUAAUACUGGUGUGGAGCCAAUUUGGGUAACCAAUCAGUUGAAGUCUAACGAGCGUUUCUCUGGAUCAAUGCUCUGGCCAGAUUCAUUAGCCGCUGUCAAAGGAAUCGCCCCGACAUAUCAGAGGGGACCUCCACUUUUUGACACAACAGUUGACAACAGGACCAGAAUCGACACUGUCAUAAGCUGGUUUCUUAAGGACGAUAGACCAAUUAAUUUAGGACUUCUGUAUUUUGAAGAACCAGAUGAAAUUGGUCAUGAGUUUGGUCCAAACUCAGAACAGAUGAAGGAUACAGUAAUGGCGCUGGAUGGUCUGAUUGGAUAUUUAAUUGAACAGCUCAAGGAUAAAGGGCUUUAUGAAGUGAUGAAUAUUUUAGUAACUGCAGACCAUGGAAUGUCUGAAGUUUUGAGUAACAAAUCCAUCAGUCUUGAACCGUAUGUUGAAGGAAGUUUGUAUCAGGAUUAUCAGCUUUCUAGCAUGGGAUUCCUUAAUCCAGUCCAAGGGAAGGAAGAAGAAGUUUAUAGAAAGCUUAAAAAGAUGGAGGCCGAGCACGGAGAAGUGAAAGUUUACAGAAGAUCUGACGCUUUGAUGACACAGCUGAACUACAGUAGUAAUGACCGCAUUAGUCCACUCAUCAUAACUGUUGAUGAGGGGUUUUAUCUGAUAAGAGCAGAAUACGAGAAGAAAUAUUCCACAACGGGAUUACAUGGUUAUUUCCCGUCAGUUUCGAAUAUGCAUCCCUUUUUCAUCGCACAUGGACCAGCUUUUAAAAAGAAUUACACGACAGAGGUGCUAAGUAACAUAGACUUCUAUGAGCUCAUGUGUCAUGUGUUGGAGCUCACCCCAGCUCCAAAUAAUGGGUCAUUCCAGAACGUGAAGCACAUCCUGGUUGAGAGAGAGAGUGAUGCAACAAGAGCAACAAACUACACUCUUCUUACUUACUUCUGCGUUGCAGUGUUUUGUGCCUUAGUGACUGGUGUAUGUACAAUUGGUGCAUUCAGGCAGCGACAAAUGCACAGUAGAGUUAUCUCCCUUGAGGAUAUAAGGCUCCUCAGUGUGAACAACAUGAAUCAUGAGGUCAAGGUGCCUUUGUUAAACGAAGAUGAUGAAAUGGAAGAGGAAAACUUUGACCUUUGACCUUACCAUUCAGUAUAACUGAUGCGUUCGUUACUACUGGUGCUCUGCUUCUGUUGUCAUAUGACCAAAUGACAUACUCUUGAGAUCGUCGUAAAACACCAAUCAAAUAAAGCUCCAUCCAUCAUUGGGCCAGAUAUUAAAAGUUGUCUUAUCAUGCAGUUUAUCUGAAUUGAAGCACACUUUUUUGUACUAGACCAGGACAAUAUGAUAUCUAGAUAUUUACUUUUGUUCUCUGCAGUGAUACACCACAUUUUUGACUGUUUAAUUACAUGUAGGUUAUAGCCAUUAUGCAUAAUCUGAAGGGUGGAAACUGCGAUGUACAUGUAGGAAGAUGUAUCUGGGACGCGAAGUUACGUUGAAGGCUUUGGUGUGUAUAUAGGUCGAGGUUACUUUUGUCUACUUGAAAGAUCAGGCCAUCCUUAAAUAAUAUUUCACCUCCUUUUUAGAGUGAGUGAGUGCUUGGGGUUUAACUUCGUACUUAACAAUUUUUCGGUCAUACAAAUGGUUUCAGGAAUCUGUAGUCCAGAAAUGUAUUAAAAUUUAAGCCAGCAAAGUAGUAAACUUGUACGAGUAUCCAUUAUUGAAAAUGUUGAACAUUGUUUGAUGUACUACAUGUACACUAGUGUUGUACUGUUUGGUUAGUUGCCAUGAUGAGACCAUGGUGGAUAUUCAGUUAUUGUCUACAUUCAAAUAUUAAAAUUUUAUUUUGCGACUGCCAGUAAUACCUGUUACAUACAUGUGUGCAGCACAUACAGAUGAAAUCAACUGAAUUCAUUAUAGUUUUGUUUUUAUUGCAAGCAAGUUUGUUUCCCCAUAUGUACAUGUACUACAUACAAAUAGAUGCUCUGCCCAGUUUCCUUCCACCACAUCACUGGUCCCAGUCUAAUGAGGGAAAUAUUUUUGAGUACAGCUACAAUCAGAUAAAUAAAUAAAUAAAUAUAAAUAAAUGCACUGUUGAGUGCAAAGAAUUGUUUAUGCUUUUGAUCAUUGAUUACAUGAAGGAACAUUUAAAAGCAAAUUCUCUCACUAUUGGUGCAGUCUAACAUUCACUAAACACCACUUACCUCCUGAUGCGGCUGAUAUUAUGCACCAUGUAUUGUAGUAUAAUUACUUUUCCGUAUUAGUAAUAUUAUUGUGAUAUGUAUUACACUAAUUAAUGUAAAUUUAUGUACGCUUAGUGUCAAAUUUUGAACAUACUCAUUUUUGUUUUUCUAAGACUUUGACUGAUUUAUUGCUUAACUUAAGUAUUAGUGUGUAACAAAGUCCCUGGUAAGUUUCAUGUAAUUUCAGUAAGAAUAUGAAUAACAUGUAUUCUGUAAAUGGACCAAAGUUAAAACUGAAAGAUUGAAAAAUUGUGUAUGGUAGUAAUAAAUUAUGUUCACAUAUUGCAUUUGUCUUCCAUGGUAUUUCACUUAAAUGAAAGUGGCCUUGUUGUAAGAAUGAUAAGGAACAUCACCUGACUGAUGUUUAUGUCCAUUGAAAGACUACCACUCAAACUAUCCUAAACCGGUAUUAAAUUUUGCUUUUGGAUUUUUUUCAACCCAAUAACAGUUUAGUGAAACUUCGUCUUGUAAAUCAACUGAUACACUGUAAAUGAUUCUGACCUGUUCCACAACACUUGUGUGAAGUGGCCCUUCGGCUACACGUAAAUAAACAUUUGUAAGCGACCCAAAAUGAUGUCUUAUGCAGUCAUUCUAUGUUACCAUAUGUCACUUCAUGAAGUGUAUGGAUAAAGGCUAUGCCACAGCUUACGCCAUGCAACCUGAUAGCAAGGCGUUUGAUUGGAUAAAAUUCUCAAGAUGGCUGCCUUGACUCACACCAGUCAUUUGUGCAGCACUGUCAUUUUGUUCUACGUUAUUCGGUGAAAGCUUGACUAUCCUACUUUCGAUUGCAAUAUGUUUUAGCCAGGUGCUGUCCUGUCCUUUAAAGGAGAAAACAUGAAAAAAACAUGAAAAUAAUUCACACUUCAGAUGAAAAGGUGUGAAAAGUUAUUUGUGAAUAUGGUGUUGAAUUUUAUUUUAAGGAUAAAAGGACAUUUGAAAAUAAUUUUUGUAUGAUGUGUUUUUGGAACCACUGUUUGGUAGAUAUUGCUUUUGCAUAAUAAUGUUACAAAUGAGCAUGUGAUACAUGACAUUUAUUUGAAUGUAAGUUUGUGUUUUGUAUCUAAACACCUGCUUUAGACCAUACCAAUUUAAAUUCUUGUUUUAUGGGUGAAAUAAAUCAUUUUUUGAUGUCGGGGGAUAUAUAAUUAAACUUGAAAAUCAUCUAACUUGUGGGACUUGUGGAUUAUUCAUUUUUUUCUUGCAGAAGAUAUGAUUAUGUACAUGAUUGCAAAGCCUUGAAAAUCAGGAAAAUCUGAAAUUCAACAUUAAGGUCUGACAAAGUAAAACAGUGGAUUUUCAGUUUUCAAUUUCUUGAAUUUAUUAGUGGUGACAAAAUAAAAUUGAUGUCACUUUAAAUAAUGGAAGAGUCAGAAAGCGCUGCAGCCGGGUCUAUGACUAGGAGCAGCUGUUAUGCUCAAUGAAGAUGAAUCUGGACUUGACUUGAUGCCCAUGGUAUUGUCACACUUUUUGAUGUAAGCAUUAGGCAUAGGUCAGCUUUGUCAAAUGGGACCCAGUUGCUUUGGAUCGCCCAGACAAGCUACACCUGGCUUUACGUGGUUUUUCAUUGCAAUUUUGCCAUCUAAGUUUGCCAUGACCCUCACACGUGUAUAUGGCCUUUUCUGACUCCGUUUAUGCAUUGAUCGGUCGGUGUGAGUUCAAGUCCAGCUCAUGCUGGCUCCUUCUCAGCAGUAUGUGGGAAGGUCGUGGAAAGUGGAUGGCCGUGGGUUUCCGCCGGGCUCCGCCAAUCAAAUAAAUCAAAUAAUGCACUGACACAGCAACUGUCUGCCAUUGUCAAAGCCAGCUCUUGCUGGUCAGGAGGUUAAGUAAAUAUCUGACUUUAUUAGAAUCCACAGCUGAUACUGCAAUAAGCGUACUUGUGCAUCACACAUGAUUUAUUGCUUUACUUAGGUAUUAGUGUGUAACAAAGUCCCUGAUAUAUAUGUUUUAUUACUUUACUUAAGUAUUAGUGUGUAAAAAAAUUCCCUGGUAAGUUUCAUGUAAUUUCAUUGAAAUAUGGAUGCAUGUAUUCUGUAAAUGGACCAAAGUUAAAACUGAAAGAUUGUGUAUGGUAAUAAUAAAUUAUGUUCACAUAUUGCAUUUGUCUUCCAUGGUACCGGUAUUUCACGUAAAUGAAAGUGGCCUUGUUUACCUCCCUUGAUGGCAUGUUUCUGUCCUCCAUUUAAGUAUUAAAGCAUUU